AUGAAAAGCUCAGCCAAGCUGACCAUCAAACGAAGAGCACAACGAACUUCCUUCUCAUCGAAUAAUAAUUCUCACAACAAAGAAUCAUCGGAAGAUGUUAUUGAAAUUUCACCAUCACUCAUGUCGGGAAAUGAAACUUUACAUUUUCCAAUUCGGACAAUGGUCAAGAUUCAUCGGAAUGUGGUUUUACAAAUUUGCAUGUUUGAUAAAUUGAAAGACAAAUCCACACUUAAAACAUCCUUGGCCUCGAAUUGGUUUAAAAAGGAGCAUUUAAAUGAAUUUUAUGAAUAUUUAAAACCAUUUUUGAAAAACCAAAUUUAUGAAACUAUACAAACUUCGUUGGUGAACGGAAAAAUGUUUAGCGUUACAGAAUUAAAACACGAAAUGUCCUCGGAUCGAACCUUACAAGUUGUAAAAUGUAGAACCAUACAAUUUACUUUUGAAUUUAGAAAGAGUUAUUCAAAUUUCUUUUUAUUGAGGAGACAUGACACCAAUGAAGAAUGGGAACGAGAAAAACAGAGAAUUCAAAAACAGUUAAAUUCAACCAAAAAACCCCGUGUUUCUGAUCCAAUCAUUAUUGACGAGGAGGAAGAUGAUAACAAGCCAGUCAUCAUACAUCAUCUGGAUUUGGACGAUGAAAUGUUAAAAACACCUCCCUCCAAACGUUCUGUUCAUAAUUUAGACCUUGGAAAGAUGGAAGAGAAUCAUGGAAAUGAUAAUGUCGACAGCAUCAUUGAAGAAGAGGAUUACCUAGAGACAAAAGAUCAUUCAAAGAAUGCAGUGCAAUCAGAAAAUAAUAGCCGUGAUGAGGUCAUUAUGUCACCUCCAUAUCAGAAAAUUAAGGAAAGUCUAGUGUCUUGGAAAUACAGUCUGAUUGUGUAUUUUGAACCAAAAGAGAAGGAUAUUCUCGAGCUCAUGACGACCGGUGCCAAAAGCAAAUACUUUUAG